AUGAAAAUGACGACUCAGAGGGGCAAGAUCAAGGCCCCGCGGGCCAAAACGUCGUCGUCGGUGUCGUUUGACAAGUCCUGGGAGAUUCUGGCCUCCGCCAUGACCAAAAUCCAGGACCAUGAAUCUUCGCCACUGUCGUUUGAGCUGCUUUAUCGAACGUCCUAUCAGUUGGUGAUCAGCAAGAUGAGCGCGCAGUUAUACGACGCGGUCAAAUGCCACAUUUCCGCCCACUUGGACAAGGUGCAGGCCGGCUUCGAUCCGUAUGUCGUGGUGGCUCGAGACGAUCUGUCUCUGGCUCCCAAGUUUCUGGAGGGCCUCAACAAGCAGUGGAGCGACCACCAGACGUGCACCAAGAUGAUUGGUGAUGUGAUGAUGUAUCUGGACCGGGUCUACUGUCUGGACAACACCUCUUCGCCGCCUAAGUUGGCUGAUUUGGGGCUGCAUUUGUUCCGAGACCAUGUGGUGGGCACUGGGCCGUUUGCUGAGUACCUGUACAAGGUGCUGAUCAACGAGAUUCAGCGAGAACGAGAGGGCGAGAUGGUGGACAGGAUUGUCAUCAAAAAUGUUCUGUCGAUGCUAGACCUGUUGCCCCAGAGCAAGAGCAACAAGGAGAGUGUGCUGGUGCACUGCUUCUCGGACCAGCUGGUGGCUGCCACUACGAAUUUCUACUCGCAGGCAGCCCGGGAUCUGCUGGAUGGCAACAAGGACCCUGUUGUGUACGUUACAAAGGUGUCUGGCUGGCUGGAGGACGAGGAGAAACGGUCCAAGUACUACGCUCUGGAGAGUCAGGCGUAUUCUCCUCUUGUGAGUGAUCUGACCGUCAAGCUGGUCUCUACAAAGCUACCUGAGGUCAUGGCGCUUCCAGGCUCUGAGAUUCGAAAAUGGUACCAGGCGAAAAAGUUCGACGAGCUCAAAACGCUCUACCGGCUCAUUUCCAAGGGUUUCCCCCAGCGGUCGCUUCUGCACCAUCUGCUGAAGGAGCAGAUCGUUUCCGAGGGCCAGAAUCUCAACUCCGCUUCUAACUCUGCUGUUGAGGCAGCUCGAAAGGAGAAGAAGCCCAGUGCCCAGCAGACCGCUCUGGCACACAAGUGGGUGACGGACGUACUUACCAUGCGAGACGAGUUUGCCGAGAUCACCGCCAAGUGCUUUGACAACGAUGUGGAGGUGGUCAAGAGCAUCGACGAGGCAUUCGUCGAGUUUGUCAACAAGCAUGCCCGAGUGGCAGAGUACCUGUCGCUCUACAUUGAUAAUCUGAUGAAGAAGGCGCUAAAGGGCAAAUCUGACGAGGAGGUGGCCGCCAUCCUGGACUCCACGGUCGCCUGUUUCAACUUCAUUACGGACAAGGACCGAUUCGAAAACUACUACAAGGCUCAUUUGGGGAAACGUCUGCUCAACUCCAAGUCGCUUUCUGACGAUGCGGAGCGACAACUCAUUUCGCGAUUCAAGAUGGCUGCUGGAGGCGCCUUUACUUCCAAGUUUGAGGGUAUGUUCAAGGACAUUGCCACCUCUGCUGACGAGAUGGAGUUCUUCCGGAAGAGUCGGGCGUCCAUUACCGCCGAUUCUGAGCCCUCCUCAGCAAAGAAGGUCGAGCUCACUGUGGCUCUUCUCUCUGGUACUUACUGGCCCACUUCCAUUGCUCAGGGAGCAAAUUACACUCUGAUUCACUGUGCUGAUGCCGAGAACGCCAAGGAGCAGUUUGAGCAGUACUACAGCAAGGCUCACAGUGGCCGAAAGCUGGAGUGGGUGCCCAAUCUUGGAAACGCCGACAUUCGAAUCAAGUUUAAGAAGAAGUUCCACGACGUCAACGUACCCAAUCCAGUCAUGCCCAUUUUGAUGCUGUUCCAGGACGUGGGCGACCAAAGCAUUUCGUUCCAUCGAAUCCAAAUGGAGACCGGCAUUCCUAUUCCUGAUCUCAAGCGACAUCUUCAGUCCGUGUCUGUGGCACCCAAGACCCGCCUUCUUAAAAAGGUGCCCAUGUCCAAGGAUGUCAAUGAGACGGACGAGUUCUUCUUCAACGAAAACUUUGAGGCGCCCAUGACCAAGAUUCGAGUGCUGGCCAUCAAUGCUACUCGCGCCGAGACCGAUGUCGAACGAGACGCCACUAUGGUGCAGAUUGACAAGUCGCGCCAAAACGAGAUUGACGCUGCCAUUGUGCGAGUCAUGAAGUCGCGAAAGACCCUCAACCACAACAACCUGGUCGGAGAGGUGACCAAGCAGUUGGCCUCGCGGUUCAAGCCUCCUAUUCCCACCAUCAAGCAUUGUAUUGAGUCUCUGUUGGAACGAGAGUAUCUUCGACGAGACGACAAUGACACCACUCUGUUCCACUAUGAGGCAUAG